UUCCAUCUGGGAAGAGCGUGGUUGUSCCGGUCGUCUUGGCAGCCUGGAUCGAAGGUCUAACGAGCCCGUGCUGCACCCUUGCUAAGGAGGAAGGGCAGUCGAUCACACAUUGCUGUCACUCAUUCCCCUGGAGARUUCAUCUUUUCCUGAUGGCAUCAGUGCAAAGGCAGAGUGGUUUCGGAGGAGUGACUAACCCAGGGCUAACUCAGCUGGACCACUCCAGCACGGCUUCACACCGACGUGCAAACCACCACCAAGCCGUGCCAGAGCCCUGCUAAGCCCUCACCUCCCAGCAACAGGAGUGAGCCGGGACCCGCUGCGGGUGAGAGGGCUGCAGGAGCAAAUCGAGAGGCUGUGCCCAUCGGACAGUGCUGACAACCCAACUGCCUGUGCUGAAAGCGGCCGGAGAGCGCAGCCCUGCCCUGCAAACCCCUGCUCUGUCACCGUCCGAGCACACCGGGGAGGAGGAUGGGGUCUGCCAUCCUGAAGGGAAGGGCGAAGCUGUGCUGACCGCUGGGAGCUCGAACGGUGCCUGGGUGCUCAGAUUCAUUUUCCCKGUGUGUCAUCCUGAAGCGAUGGGCUCAGAGCGAGACCCCUCCCCGAGCACCCGCCAGGAAUCAUGAGGGGGUGGAUUUUCAGCUGCGCUCUUGACCCGGAGGCCCUGGGACCCCGCCGGCUUUUCGUGUGACGGAGGAGGAGCGGGGAGCGCCAUGGCAGAGAAGUGUGACUGCCUGGCCAGCAUGUACGGCUACGACCUGGGCUGCCGCUUCGUCAACUUCCGCCCGCUGGGCUUCGGGGCCAACGGGCUGGUGCUGUCGGCRCUGGACAGCCGCAGCUGCCGCAAGGUGGCCGUGAAAAAGCUGACCCUGGGCGACGCGCGCAGCGUGAAGCACGCCUUCCGCGAGAUCAAGAUCAUCCGCCGCCUCGAGCACGAGAACAUCGUCAAGGUCUACGAGGUGCUGGGCCCCAAGGGCGCCAACCUGCGCGGGGACUUCUUCAAGUUCAACGUGGUGUACAUCGUGCAGGAGUACAUGGAGACGGACCUGGCGCGGCUGCUGGAGCAGGGCAAGCUGGCCGAGGAGCACGCCAAGCUCUUCAUGUACCAGCUGCUGCGCGGCCUCAAGUACAUCCACUCGGCCAACGUCCUCCACCGCGACCUCAAGCCCGCCAAYAUCUUCAUCAGCACCGAGGACCUGGUGCUGAAGAUCGGCGACUUCGGGCUGGCCAGGAUUGUGGAUCAGCACUAUUCGCACAAG